UAGCUACUUUUUGUUUGGUUUUUUAGUAUAUAGAUACAAUCAUUGAUCAGUACUUCAAGGCCAUUGACUUUCUGGAACUGAAGAACUAAUGGCUAAAGACUACGUUUCCUCUGUUCUGAAAUCUCUGUUUCUGCUUCUUCAACUUGUAUGCUUGUUUCAUGAUGCUGAUUCUGCAUCUAUCGUCAAGUUUCUUCCUGGUUUUGAAGGCCCUCUUCCCUUUGAGCUCGAAACCGGUUACAUUGGUGUUGGUGAGGAGGAGGAAGUGCAAUUGUUCUACUACUUCAUCAAGUCUGAGAGGAACCCUGAAGAAGACCCUCUUUUUAUCUGGCUAAAUGGAGGACCUGGCUGUUCUUCCAUCUCUGGUCUUCUUUUUGAGAAUGGACCUUUGACUAUGAAGCUUGAAGUGUACAAUGGAACUCUACCUUCUUUAGUCUCUACUACAUACUCAUGGACUAAGACUUCUAGCAUUAUAUACUUGGAUCAGCCUGUUGGAACUGGCUUCUCCUUCUCGACUCAACAUGUUGAUACACCGAGUGAUUCAGGAGAGGCCAGACGGAUCCAUGAAUUUCUUCAGAAGUGGCUAGCUAAGCAUGAAGAGUUUAUUCCCAACCCUUUCUAUGUAGGCGGACAUUCUUACACCGGUAAGAUUGUUCCUCCGCUCGUUCAAGAAAUCUCUAAAGGCAACUAUCAACGGCACAAACCUACAAUAAAUCUUCAGGGGUAUCUGCUCGGUAACCCGGUAACAGAAUUUGAAAUUGAUUGGAACAGCCGCAUUCCUUUUGCUCAUGAAAUGGCACUGAUCUCUGAUGAGCUCUACGAGUCGUUGAAGAGAAUCUGCAAAGGGAAAUAUGUAAAUGUUGAUCCAGGUAACACAGAAUGUUUGAAACUCCUUGAAGAAUAUAACAAGUUUACAAAGACAGUAAACCCGUUUCUUAUAUCAGAACCAUCGUGUGAAACUGAAACUCCAGAUUGCUAUAUUUAUAGGCAUUUGCUAGCUACCUACUGGGCCAAUGACGAAAGUGUACGUAGGGCUCUUCAAAUCAAUAAGGAGAGUAUAGGGAGAUGGGUACGAUGUAAUUUCGAUAUUCCAUACACUCACGACAUUAUAAAUAGUGUACCUUACCAUGUGGAUAACAGCAUCAAUGGCUAUCGUUCUCUCAUCUUCAGUGGUGAUCACGAUUUGGGAGUGCCUUACCUUGGGACUCAAGCUUGGAUAAGAUCUCUCAACUAUUCGGUUAUUGAUGACUGGAGACCAUGGAUGAUCAACAAUAAACCUGCAGGAUGUACAACAACUUAUGCAAAUAAAAUGACAUUUGUUACCAUCAAAGCAAGUCUUUCCUACUUCUCUUUCAAAAUUUUCUGUUCUUUCCACACCCAAAACAUUUUUUACUGCGGUUUUAACUUAAAUGAGUUGUGGGUUUUGAUUACAGGGAGGUGGGCACACAGCAGAGUUUAAACCAGAGGAAAGCUCUGUCAUGUUUCAAAGGUGGAUCAGUGGCCAACCUCUGUAAACAACUUCCACAUAUUAUUCGAUGAUUAAAAAAUAAGCAUAUGAUUUGGUAUAUCUACAUGUAUUCCUUUAAAGAAUGUCUCUCACAAAUCAAGUCUGGUUAACCAUGGAGAGUUUUGUGUGACGAAGACGUGCCACUAAACAUAUUGAAAUAUGAAAUUUAUUAUAAGAUGAUUAUUUACUUUAUGUUUGAAAAUAAUUUAUGGAUUAUAUAUGUGUGUAAUUGUGUAUGUAUAUAUUAUAUAUGUGUGUAAUUGCAGAAUUCUAAGCCUUGCGAAAAACCCAACCGAAAGUAUAUACACAUAUAUAAUAUAUACAUACACAAUUAUGUAUUUUUAGAACCCCUAAGUUAGAACUCCCAUUGGGAUUGCUUUUACAGUACCCCAUUGAGGAUAUUUACUUCAAAAUAUCGAGUUACGUUUUCCGUAAAACUUACAACCCAGCAAUUACAUACACAUAUAUAAUAUAUACAUACAUAUAAUAUACUCUUAGAUAUUUUGAGGUAGAUAUCCUCAGUGGAGGUGCUCAUAAAAUGGGUGAAACCACCCCCGUUAAAUCUGCUUCAUUUAAUUUCGAACUCACUUCAUUUAAACAUUGAACACAUUUAGUCUUUAGAUCAUUUUUAUUAUUUUUUUAAGGUUUUUAUAUUUUUAAUUUAUACAUAUAUAAUGUUGAUGUUAAAAACAUAUCAAACUCAUAUAUUUACAAAAAGAAUUAAAAAUACUAAUUUUAAAAUUUAACGUGAGUUUUCACACUGAAAUUAAAUUAACAAAAAAAGAUUACAAGAGUGUAAUACAUUUGCCAGCAGAUUCCAAAUCUUUGGAGAUGAAGCUCCAAAAUUGAGAGACAAAAUCCCAAACACAGGAAUACUAAAAAGACAAGAACAUGAGAGACUAUUCCGACGGUGUGCCGCCGCCGAAAAAACACAAGCUUUUUUUUUGGUAAAAAAACACAAGCUUUGACGGAGAAGAAAAUAUUUAGAGAGAGAAGACUGUAUCGCUUCUCACUAAAACAUAUAGUUUUAUUUAUGAUAAUUUUUUUAGUGAUUAUAUGCUAGUAUUGUUAGUGUAUUAUUGUUAUCUUAACUCAAUCUAUAUUUUACUUUUUAUCUCUGAUGUUAUCCAUAUACAAUGCUCCAAACUAACAUGACAUGCACAUUACACUGAAAUUGAUUAAUUUUGCCAAGAAGAAGACAAGCUCAUGACAUGUAAGGAUUAGAAUAAAAGUUUCAAUUACGUGUCCAUUUUGGUUGGUUUAACCAAAUUGAACUGCAAUAGACACUUAAAAAUAUAUAAAAAUCUUGGUCUCUAUAUCUGGACAAAACGUAAUAAACAAACAAAGUAAAAUGUUGACCCC